ACAACAACUGAAGUUCCAACAACAACAACUGAAGCUACAACAACAACUACUGAAGCUGCAACAACAACAGAAAGUACAACUACAACAACCGAAAAUCCAACUACAACAACUGAAGCUACUACAACAACGGAUGCUUUAACUACAACAACCGAAGCUACAACUACAACAACCGAAGCUACAACCAUAACAACCAAAGCUAUAACUACAACAACUGAAGUUCCAACAACAACAACAAAAGCUGCAACAACAACUACUGAAACUGCAACAACAACAACUGAAAAUACAACAACAACAACCGAAGGCACAACCACAACAACUGAAGCUCCAACAACAACAACUGAAGCUACAACAACAACAAUUGAAGCUGCAACAACAAUUGAAAGUACAACUUCAACAAAUGAAAAUCCAACCACAACAACUGAAGCUACUACAACAACGGAUGCUUUAACUACAACAACCGAAGCUACAACUACAACAACCGAAGCUACAACCACAACAACUGAAGCUCCAACCACAACAGCCGAAGCCACAACUACAACAACUGAAGUACCAACAACAACAACUAAACCUACAACAACAACUACUAAAGCUGCAACAACAACAGGAAGUACAACUACAACAACCGAAAAUCCAACCACAACAACUGAAGCUACUACAACAACGGAUGUUUCAACUACAACAACCGAAGCUACAACCACAACAACUGAAGCUCCAACCACAACAAUCGAAGCCACAACUUUAUUUAGCCCAAAACUGUAUUUAUUAUAA